UCCUCAGCGUCCGAGCGCCGCGCCUCUCUUUCCCGCCGCCAUCCCGGCCGUUCCCCCAGGGCGGGGGCGGAGGGUUGAGUUCCCUGCCGGCCGUCGCGCGGGGCGGGAGGAGGAACCCCGCUUCUCGAGAGCCGCCCGCCGGGACUUCCCAGACCCGGACCCCGCGAGAGGGCGCUGGCGGGGCCGCGCCGCUUCCCGGGAAGGCUGAAGUUUGAAAAAGUGCCGGUCGUUGGCGGCGCAGCACCGAGCGAUGGCGGCGGGGAGCCCGCAGGGCAGCUGUCUCUUGCAGCUGGGCAAUGGUGUGAACUUAAUGGAUCCAAGCUUCCAGCAAAAACUGGAGGGUGAGAAGGAACUGCUUCGUCGUGCUAUACAGAAAGAACUGAAAAUUAAAGAGGGAGCAGAAAACCUGCGUAAAGCAACAACAGACAGAAAAAAUCUUGCUCAUAUAGAGCACGUGCUGAAAUCCUCCAACCGCAAACUAGAGCAACUUCAUUGGGAACUUCAGGAGCUGAAUGCGAGGAUUGUAAUAACUGACAAGGAGGACAAUAAGACAGUUUGUACAGACGGAUCUUUAUCUCCUGACCCUUGCCUCUGGGAAAGAAACCCAGAUCCCAUGGCAAGGAAGGUUGAAGCUCUGAAAAAGCAGCUGCAUGUUGAAAUGAAAGUCAAGCAAGGAGCUGAGAAUAUGAUCCAGAUGUAUUCAAGUGCAACAUCCAAGGAGCGGAAGCUGCUGGCUACUGCUAAGCAGAUGCUUCAGGAUAGUAAGACAAAGAUUGAAAUUAUCCGCAUGCACAUCGUGAAGGUGUCUCAGUCAGCAGGAGGGAUGGAAGAUACGGUGGAUCCAGCAGUGAGGCUGGGAGCCACCAUCAAUGCUGCGGAGCUGCGCAUUGAGGAGCUGAGGCAUCGUCUGCGCAUUGAAGCUGCUGUAGCUGAGGGGGCAAAAAAUGUGCUGAAGAUCCUGGGAGGGAGUCGGGUACAAGAUCGCAAAUUUUUGGCCGAGGCUCAGGGUCGUUUGCAAGAGUCCUCUCAGAAGAUUGACCUGCUGCGCUUGUCCUUGGAACGUCAGCUUAGUGGGCUUUCUCCAGAUCACCCAAAACGAGCACUCAUCAAGCAGGAAUUAGUGAAUACCUCUUCCCUGGGAGCUCAGCAUGGCAUUAUCCAUCCCACUUCAGUCAUCAAACCUACAGCCCUUACAGGAACGUUGGAAGUGAGACUGAUGGGAUGUCAGGAUUUACUGGAAAAUGUUCCUGGCCGUUCCAGGAUGGCUGGUUCUUCUCCCAUCUGCGGCAGCCCGGGCGACUUGAAGUCCUUUUCCCUAACAAGAGUUGGCCUGGGUAUCCAUGGUCGUGGUGUUGCAGGAAAGUACCUGCGAAACGAAGAGCUGUGUAGUGAAGUCCUUGCUGUGCUCAAAGUGGACAAUAAAGUUGUAGGCCAAACAAACUGGGGGCCAGUAAACAACCAGGCAUGGGACCAGAGCUUUGUCAUUGAGCUAGAUAGGUCUCGUGAACUCGAAAUUUCAAUUUACUGGAGAGACUGGAGAGAACUGUGUGCAGUGAAGUUCUUGCGUUUGGAUGAUUUCCUUGAUAAUGAACGCCAUGGGAUGUGCCUCUUGCUUGAGCCCCAAGGAAUGCUUUUCGCAGAGGUGAUGUUCUGUAAUCCUGUCAUUGAGAGGAAGCCAAAGCUGCAGCGACAGAAACGUAUUUUCCCCAAACAGAAAGGGAAAGAAUUUCUCCGAGCUCCUCAAAUGAACAUCAGUGUUGCUGCUUGGGGUCGCCUGAUGAUGAGCUUCCUCCCUCCAUGUAGUUCCAUUAGCACUCUGAGUCCCCCACUUCAUGAUUCCAUGAAUGCAGAUUUCUCUCCAGUUCCUCUGCAGAAUCAUGUUAACUCAAUAACCAAGCUGAGUAGUGACUUUCCUGUGGCAAAACUUACAUAUGAUGAUGAAGCACCACCCAAGCCUCCACGUCUCUUUCUGAUGGCCAAGUCCAAAGAACCAACACCAUCUCCUGCAGAUUCUCCGUGUCUGAAGAGGCUGCAUGUAGAAGAGAAGACUUGCAGCUCUGCUUUAACAGAAUUUGCAAUCCAGGCAUCUCCAAGGAAAGGGGCUGUUCAUCUUGAGGAUUUUCACUGCAUCGCCAUGCUGGGACGUGGCCAUUUUGGGAAGGUACUGUUGGCCCAAUACAAAGCAACUGGGAAGCUGUAUGCUAUCAAAGCCUUGAAGAAAAAAGAUAUCAUUAGGAGAGAUGAAAUUGAUAGCUUGAACUGUGAGAAGCGAAUAUUUGAGGUGGUCAAUUCUUCUGAUCAUCCAUUCCUUGUGAACAUGUUUGCAUGUUUCCAAACACCUCAUCAUGCUUGUUUUGUGAUGGAAUACACUCCAGGAGGUGAUCUUAUGAUGCGCAUACACGAAGAUGUUUUUGCAGAGCAUACAGCACAGUUUUACACAGCCUGCGUAGUCUUGGGACUCCAAUUUCUGCAUGAGAAGAAAAUUGUUUAUAGGGACCUGAAAUUGGAUAAUCUGCUUUUAGAUGCUGAAGGAUUUGUGAAGAUUGCAGAUUUUGGACUGUGUAAGGAAGGAAUAGGUUUUGGAGACCGCACAAACACCUUCUGUGGUACUCCUGAAUUUCUGGCUCCAGAAGUCCUCACAGACAUCUCAUACACUCGGGCAGUGGACUGGUGGGGACUGGGUGUGCUCAUUUAUGAGAUGCUUGUUGGUGAGUCACCAUUUCCUGGAGAUGAUGAGGAAGAAGUCUUUGAUAGCAUUGUAAAUGAUGAAGUCCAGUAUCCACGAUUCCUUUCAUCAGAGGCACUUUCUAUAAUCCGUAAGCUUCUUCGAAAGUGUCCAGAGCGUAGACUGGGAGCAGGGGAAAAAGAUGCAGAAGAGAUUAAAAUCCAGCCCUUUUUUAAGGAAAUGGAUUGGGAUGCUUUGUAUGCCAGGACUCUGAAGCCCCCUUUUGUGCCCACCCUAAAAGAUCCAACAGACAUUAGCAACUUUGAUGAAGAGUUUACAUUACAGAAGCCAAUUCUGACUCCUCCAGAGGAGGUUGCUCUCCUAACCCGUAAGGAGCAGGCUGUCUUCAAGGACUUUGACUUUGUCUCCAAACACCUUUUGUAUGCUUGAUUCCUGUGCUUAAGAAGCAUGAACAAAUAAAUUGUUACCAUCUUGAGAGGGCGUAGAGAGGACUUGGCAUGGGCAAUGGCAAAGUCAACAAACUUCACAGAAGGGGUAGUGGUGAAGUGCUCUGCAAGCUGUUACUCUGCUGUGCUUUUUUCAGCCUCGCUUGCUGGAGGAGUACUGGGUGUGAGUUACCUUUGAGAAGUUCACUUUUGACUGGAUGUGUCUUCUGCUGCCACUGAAUAUGUAUAUAUAGUGAUUUGGAAUUUAAUCUGAACUUAAUUUAAUGAUUUAAUGUGUCCUCUCUGCCUCCCAGGUUGCUCUUAGAAAAAGCCAAAGGAAUGAAGCUCUUUUGGGUUACAUAAUAGCAGGGAGAAUGGGCACUUCUCUCCUGUUUUCUAGAAGAGAUAUGCAGUGCUCCUUUGUAAUGAUUUUAUUCCUGUUGCCACUCAUGUGUAUGGCAGAGAAGGAAUGGAUUUUAACACAACUGAGGUAAUGAUGUUUGAGUUUGGUAAUUAUCCCAGUGAUGUAUCUUAAGUAAAAACAAAACAAAACUCUUUAUGCUUCUUUCAGGAUGUGAAAUCAUAGAUAUGGAUUUUAAUAACAUAAAGAAGCCACCAUUUUGCACAUGCUUUCUUUUCUUUUCUUUUUUUUUUUUUAAAUAAAGAUACUAUUCCUUAUAA